AUGUCCUCCACCAAGACCAGAGUGCAGCCGCUCCGUGCGCCGACCGCGGCCCAGCAGACUACGCCUGAGCAGAGAUACUGGCGCGGAUUCACCAACACACAGCUCGUCAAGGAACACAACGCCAUUACGCACAUCCAUUUCAACCCGGUCAGUCCGCAUGAUUUUGCCGUUACAUCCUCUACUCGUAUCCAGGUAUUCGGCUCCAAGACCCGUCAGGUUGUCAAGACCUUUUCCCGUUUCAAGGAGACCGUUUACUCCGGCGAGUUCAGACACGACGGCAGGCUUCUCGUCGCCGGUGACGCGUCCGGGCUCGUGCAAAUUUUCGAUGCACACCAGCCAAGAACCUUGCUUGUGACGCUUAACCCAUCCACCCACCCGACCCACGUGACCAAGUUCCACCCUACUAAUUCCACCAACCUCUUGACCUGUUCCGACGACCGAGUCGCGCGUUUAUACGACAUCACGUCUGCACAGGCUCCCGUGAUGUCCUUCGAUGACCACUCCGAUUACAUCCGUACCGCGGCUUUUAUUCCUUCCUCGAACCUUAUCACUACCGGGUGCUACGACGGGUUCGUGCGCAUUUUCGAUGCUCGUAUCGGCGGCUCUGCCGGUCCGAUCGCCAAGUUCGACCAGGGCGCACCGGUCGAGGCGGUCAUGGCGCUCUCGCCAACCACACUCGUCACUGCCGGUGGCACUUCCGUCAAGGUCUGGGACAUGGCUGGGGGCAAACUCGUGCGUGACUUGUCCAACUUCACCAAAACCGUCACAUGUCUCGCGGAUGCGGGGGACAGAGGGGUUCUCGCGGGUUCCUUGGACGGCCACGUCAAGAUCUUUGACUCGUCUGAGGACUGGGCCGUGAAGUUUGGCUGGAAGUUUGGCGGUGGCGUUUUGUCGUGUGGGGUUUCGCCAGAUCACAAACACUUUGUGGCCGGCUUGACUUCCGGGUUGCUCUCCGUGCGCACCCGAAAGACCCAGCCGAGGGUCAAACAGGGUGUCAAGCAGCAGUCCAAGUCCAACAGUUUUGCCAGAAUGAUGAGAGGUGCUGAGUACACUGGCGAGUACGAGCACCGCAUCGUCAGCGACAAGCCAAAGCCGACUAAGAAGUUGCGUCCGUUUGAGAAGCACUUGAACGGAUUCCGAUGGGCUGAGGCGUUUGACGCGGCUUUCACCACUGGCCAGGCCAAGGAGGUGACAAUCACGAUUUUGAACGAGUUGAGAGCCAGGGGAAAGGUGAGAGUCGCGCUUUCCGGCAGAGAUGAGGCUUCUUUGGAGCCGUUGAUCCGUUGGUCCCACAAGAACAUCGAAGACGUUAAGUGUGUGGACUUGGUGGCGGACUACGUCAGCGUGUGCAUGGAAAUGUAUGGUGCGGUUGUGGAAAAGGCGCCUGUCUUGGAGGAGUUGUUGCUUAGCUUAAAGAAGAAAGUGGGCCAAGAGGUUGAGAAGGCCAAGGAGGCGUCUAGGGUUGAGGGCAUGUUGGCGUUGUUGAGUGUUUAG